AUGGAGAUCGAGCACUUCAUCCGCCUCAUCACCGGCGUGGCUGUCUUCCUCGGCCUCUCCUUCUUCAUCCUCUCCCUCAUCCUGGGCUACACCUGGCUGGAGGCCGUCAUCUUCCUCAUCGGCAUCAUCGUCGCCAACGUCCCCGAGGGGCUGCUGGCCACCGUCACCAACCACCCCGAGAUCGUCUUCGCCCGCACGUCCCCCCAGCAGAAGCUGAUCAUCGUGGAGGGCUGCCAGCGCCAGGGUGCCAUCGUGGCGGUGACGGGCGACGGGGUGAACGACUCCCCGGCGCUGAAGAAGGCCGACAUCGGGGUGGCCAUGGGCAUCGCCGGCUCCGACGUCUCCAAGCAGGCGGCCGACAUGAUCCUCCUGGACGACAACUUCGCCUCCAUCGUCACCGGCGUGGAGCAAGGUCGCUUGAUCUUCGACAACCUGAAGAAGUCCAUCGCCUACACCUUGACCAAGAACAUCCCCGAGCUGACCCCCUACCUGAUCUACAUCACGGCCAGCGUCCCCCUGCCCUUGGGGUGCAUCACCAUCCUCUUCAUCGAGCUCUGCACCGACAUCUUCCCCUCCGUCUCCUUGGCCUACGAGAGGGCGGAGAGUGACAUCAUGCACCUGAAGCCCCGCAACCCUCGACGCGACCGAUUGGUCAACGAACCCUUGGCGGCUUACUCCUACUUCCAGAUUGGUGCCAUCCAAUCCUUCGCCGGCUUCACCGACUACUUCGUGGCGAUGGCGCAGGAGGGUUGGUGGCCCCUCCUCUGCUUGGGCUUGCGCCCGCGCUGGGAGGACACCCACGAGCAGGAGCUGCAGGACAGCUACGGCCAGCAGUGGACCUUCGAGCAGCGCCGCUACCAGCAGUACACCUGCUACACCGUCUUCUUCAUCAGCAUCGAGAUGUGCCAGAUCGCCGACGUCCUCAUCCGCAAGACCCGCCGCCUCUCCCUCUUCCAGCAGGGCCUCUUCCGGUGCCUAUAG